AGGUAGACGGCGCCCACAAGUCAGCCUCGAGGAGUUUAGCUUCCUUGAAAAGGUUUGCAAGAAAACUACGCCGGAGGAAAGGACUUGGGCUAAGUUGGUGAACCCGAGGACCAUUCAUUGGUACUGCGACGGUCCUGAGCCCACCCAAGAAGCGAUAAGAUACGACGAGCGAGUUCACAAACAGAUGGAUGACGCAAAGAGGAGAGCUUUGAUCAAGUCCCAAGCCGUCAAGAAGAGGGAAUCCGGCAAGGAGGUUCCUAAGGCGUCAGCUUCAGUCCCUAAAAGGAAACUGACGACAAAAUCCGACCGUCCCUUUAAGCAACCAAAGGUCUCUCUUGAACCUGUGGUUGGCUUAAUGGCUGAGGGUAACAAGGCCGUCACCCCAGCGAAGCAGGGGAAGGGUAAGGGAUUGAUGACGGUCCCAGACGGUAAGCAAGAGAGACCUCCUUCCCUUCUCCGUGAUGACUCCAAGUAUGCAUUGGAGAAGCUGUCGUCCAUCAUCACGGCAGAAGACUAUGAAGACCUGGGAAACCAUUCGACGGAGGCCAUGGGGGAGACGGGCCUCUUCGCCGUCGCUCAGUCUUUGGUCAUGAUGAAGGGACUACUUGAUCGGUGUCUCAACCGUGAGAGUACCUUGGACCGGGUGCGCGCGAAGGCGCAGCAGACGGAGGAAGAGCUCGGACAACUUCAGAGAUGGAGGUCCAAGAUGGAGAAGAAGCUGGAGCUUUCUGAGCAGGCGAGGAAGGAGCUGGAGGAGAAGACGGCCACUUCGCUGACGGUCAUAGAGAAUAAAGAGGCUGAGAUCAAACAACUCAAAGAAGAGCUCCGUCAGGCUAAAGUGGCAGCCGUCGAGGAGUACCGAUGCUCGGAGUCCUGUUUGAGCGAGCUGUCGGACUCCUUCCUCCAAGGCUUCGAUGAUUCCCUCCGUCAAGUCAAGAAGGCUUAUCCAGAGCUGGACUUGACAAUGGUCAAACUUGAGGACCAAGCCCAGACUUCUGCCCUCCCCGUCGCCUCCGAAAAUACGGAGGACCUUUUUGGCGACGGUGCUGCUCAAGGAGACGAAGAGUCCGCCCCGUCGAAGGACGUCCCAGUUGCUGAAGAAAAGAAAGAUUGA